AUGCAAAGGAUAAAUGACACUCUCCUCAUCAUCUCUCCCCUCUGGCUUGCUUACCAACACGAGUACGUGACUUCCACCACUCCACCUGUUUGUCGAGGGACAGCCACAGCAUACACCACUCCUUCUACGAACACUGAACUGUUCUCCUCUGGACCCCAAUUCCUUCGCCAAAUGAUGGCUCACCUGAUCACUCAACAGGUGGACAUGAAUUGGAUCGGCUUGGUUUGCAACCUCCUUCUAGCCACGUUGCAGCAUCCACUUCCUUCUGCCACCAAACAUCUCACCAUCCAUGCCGUGACACAGUCGACACAUCACCUACUGACGGUAACGGCAACAACAACACUGUCGUUUACUCGAAGUGCAAAGCGAUUACGACAGACGCAGUGA